AUGUGCCAGCUUCUUCUCAUCUAUCUCAGCUGCUGCUGCCUGCUGCUGGUGGCUGCCACCACUGAGCUGCCCGAGGACGUUGCCACAACAGAUGCGUCGUUUGGGUAUCCCGAUGAAGGCAUUACAUUGCAAGAGCUAGGCAAGCCGAGUCCCGAGGAGGAGCAAUUGAUGGCGUCACUGAAAGUAAACUGGUUGCCAAUGGCGCUGGGCGCUGACCCAGACAAAGAGCUGACCAGGCAGGUGGAUGAGGUGUCAAAACAGCACGAGGCGGACGAGAAUGUUGAGGAAGAGGACGAGGUGGAGGAGGAGGAGGAGGAGGACAUGCUGGAAUCUGCACCGCGUGAUGGCAACGUAUGUCCCAUCACUGCAGAGAAGGGACUGACCCGCCUGAUCCGCAAUGCCCGUCCUCUGCUCGAUUUGCCCCGUUUGAGCAACAUCUUGGCCAAUGCUCGCGAGGAUGGCAAGGUGAGUGACCUGUUUAGGCUGCUGCGCAGCGAUCAGUUCAAGGAGCGCGUGCGGCAACUGCGCAACACCAAGGAGCAGGGCGCGCUGAGGGAUUAUGUGUGCCAGUCCCUCAAGCUCAACCACACCUAUUACAUUGAGUACGUGAGAUUGCUGAUCAAUGUGCAGAACACCGAGCCGGUGACCAGUCCCUUGCCCAAUCGUCGCCGGGGUGUGCGUGGAUUGCUGCAGGAUCUGCGCGAUGCACUGCCGCGUGCCCAGUUGCGGGAUCUGUAUCGUCGCCAGCUGGUGGAGGAUAGAGAGCUGGCCACAGCCGUGCGACGCAUUCGCAGCCUCAAGUUCCGGCUUCUGCUCGCCAAUGUGCGUGCUCUGCCCGAGUAUCGGGUGGUGCGGAAUGAUCUGGAGUUGGCCGGAGUGCCGCUGCAGUUGCUCCUCAAUCUGGUUUCCAAUGCCUUGGGCUGGGGUUCCCUUGAUGUGGGCACUGAGACGGAAAUCUUAAGUGGCUUGGCUUAGGGUUGUGUAUAUAUUUAAUAUACACUUCACCCAUCAGCUUUUGACAACUCCUCUAUGACU